AUGCCAAAGGAUAAAGGCGAAGGAGGCAAAAACAGGCACAGGGGUAAAAAUGAAAAUGAAUCUGAAAAAAGAGAGCUCGUGUUUAAAGAGGAUGGGCGGAAGUGCGCGCAAGUAGUCAAGAUGCUGGGGAAUGGGCGCUUAGAAGCCAUGUGCUUUGAUGGUGGGAGGCGGUUGUGCCAUAUCAGAGGAAAACUAAGGAAGAAAGUUUUGAUAAACACUUCCGACAUUAUACUGAUUGGUCUACGAGACUCUCAAGAUAACAAAGCUGAUGUAAUUUUAAAGUAUAAUGCAGAUGAAGCUAGAAGUCUGCAGGCAUAUAGAGAACUUCCAGAGCAUGCCAGCAGAUGCACUUGGUCCAUGAGAUGA